UCGCCUAACUUACAUUGGUUCCACAAUAUUAGGUUCGGUCCAUGGUGCCAUGAGCGCUGAUAAUUCUUGUUCGGACGUAUCUGUCCCUUUACGAAAUAUCCUGAAUUCGGUCCAGUGUGUUCGAGACCGGGUGAAAGAUGGGGAGUCCAACGAGUCAGAUGCUGGGGUGUUCAACCUUACAAACUUUUGGGAUACGCUGAAUCAAGCUGUUAAAGCAGCUUCCCAGGAAGCCACUAAACUCAGCCUGGCCUUCUCCAAGCCCCCCCUGCCGACACAAGAGGAUGGUGUGAGGCUUGCUGAGUCCAUCCAGAAAAGUGUAUUGGUGUUGUCCACUGUAUAUUACUGGUUGCCUAAAAGCCAUGGCGUGUCUUUGAGGAGACUGGUGAGGGACGCCACGGCGGAGGUCCUGGACGGUGUUGUGCAGCUGGUGGACGUCAUCGUCAGCUCGCCACUCCAAAGCUUGUCGCAGGAGCAGCUCCAGUCUACAGGUGGCGUUUGGUCGGCCUGCGACAAGUUCGAACACUUGCCAAGAGAUAACCAGGCGGCUGUCCUUGGUCUCCUGACCUCCUACGUCGGGGUGGUGAAGGACGCUGUGGAGGAGAUGGAGCAGGCGCAGGCAGAGAGCCAGGACCCGUUCAGCGACGUGCUGGACGACGAGGACCUGGAGUCGCGUGGUAACCAGGACACAUACUGGUCUGAGGAGGACCGGCAGCUCAUGGCGCCCUGUCAGGGCCUGGUCAAGGCCUCCGCCGCCUGCCUGAGGAAGCUGUCGUCCGCGGUCAAGGCCAACGGCGACGUGAGCACGCCAGAGAACGUGGCGCAGCUGGACGACCUGGCCGACAUCGCCAAGGAGAUCAGCCCCAGUGUUGAUGACCUGGCUCUCAGUCUCUACCCCCCCAUGGAGUACUCCGGAGUGGAGGAGAACGCGUGCAGGCUGGCCUCGGUAAUAAAGAAAGUGUUGGAUAUCGUGAGGGCGAGUCAUGUGUGUUUGGAAGCAGACCUGAACUGGGUGCAGUUUCUAUACGGGGCUGUGGAUCACAAUCUGCACAAGAUCAGAGCUCUGAUUCAGAGCUCCAGUUAGACUGGGGUAUGUGUAUGUAUGUAUGUAUGUGGGUGGGUGUGUAUGUAUGUGGGUGGGUGUGUAUGUA